AUGUUUGCGCCGCUUGGAUUAUUCAAGGACAUCCCCUGUCCGCAGGGAAGAGAAUGCACUCUUAUGGCAUGCAUGUUCUCUCAUCGCAACCUCACUUCAGCUUCAGUCUCUCAGGAUGCGUCGUCGGAGAAAGAGAAUGCGGAGCCACCCACUAAGAGAAUCAAACUAGAGCCUCGUGCAGAAGCAAAGGAGACAUCAAAGGAUGACUUACCGCGAGUCGAUAGCACGAAGAGCACACCCGUUAAAAAGCCCGCAGUGCCAGUUCCAAGAGUCGAGAGUACGCCACCUGUAUCACGGCAGUCGGCCACCCCAACUACUACAGCAACAACGCCCACCAAGCGCGAGAGUACCCCCACCUCAGGGUCCAAUCUCCCGCCCAGACAAGCUCCGAAGGAAACGUUGAACCCACGCAUGCUUCAGAAGGCGCCUGCUACGUAUAACGUACGGGUGGCUAUUGUGAAGAAACUGCAUGGUGCUCUAUGCUCCCUCAACGAUCAGUUCGUCAAGGACAAAACGCUUCAGGACAAGUGCCUGAUUCUCACGCCGGAUGAGCUCAUUACGAUGGCCCUUGAUGAAGAGGAAAAGGUGGCAAGAGAAAGCCCGACUGUAUACUCGAAUGUGGUCAAGCUUCGCAUUGUGAAACUGUCCAAGAUGAGCAAAGACGACUGGGCGAAAGAGCUCAAAGACUACCUCAACAAGAAAUACUAUAAGAUCAAGAUCGGGGCGGCAUCGAAAGAGCCGAAGCCUUUCAAGUCCAACUUGACUGUCGAGGAGGAGAUUGCAGUUGCAAGCCACUUGAUCACUCCGCUGCAAGGAUUAGAAGAAUUCGGCUACGUGACGAGAGCGCCAACAGCAGACGAAAUCGAAACUGCAAAGAAAGGCGUUGCUGAAGCUAAAGGCUGGGAGAAAUGCGAGCGAUGCAACGCUCGGUUCCAAGUCUUCCCAGGACGCGCUGAGGACGGCUCCCUGACCACCGGAGGCACAUGCACCCAUCAUCCGGGCAAAGCAUUCUAUCCUCCAAAAAAGAAGACGGACCAUAUCACUGGCACCACUAGGGAGGGGUACUUUACCUGCUGCAACCAGAAGCUAGGAGAAUCCUCAGGCUGCACGACAGGCGCAACGCACGUUUUCAAAGUAUCCGAAACAAAACGACUGGCCUCGAUCCUCCAGUUCGAACAGACACCAGAGAAUCUUCACCUCGAUAAUCCGACUCCAAUAUGCUUCGACUGUGAAAUGGGCUACACAACUUUUGGCAUGGAGCUCAUCCGCCUCACAGCGGUUAGUUGGCCAGUAGGCGAGAAAGUCCUCGACGUCCUCGUCAGACCCCUAGGUGAAGUCCUAGACCUAAACUCUCGCUACUCCGGCGUCUUCCCUGAGCACUUCGCCAAUGCUAUUCCCUACGGAAGCCCCGUUGAACCCUCCACAUCAGAUUCGACCCAACACCGACUCGUCUCCUCCCCCGCCGAAGCCCGCUCCCUCCUCCUCAACCUCGUUACUCCAACAACGCCUUUGAUCGGCCACGCAAUCGAUAAUGACCUGAACGCCUGCCGCAUCAUCCACCCAACCGUGAUCGACACUGCAAUCCUCUAUCCACACCCAGGUGGUGGACUACCGUGGCGGAUGAGCCUGCGAACGCUUGCGAGGAAACAUCUGGACCGCGAGAUCCAGACCGGUGGGGCCAGUGGCAAGCAAGGUCAUGAUUCGGCUGAGGAUGCGCUGGCUACGGGGGAUUUGGUUAGGGUCAAGGCGGGGUUGGUAUGGGGAAGGUUGAAGGAGAAGGGAUGGGUUGUUAUAGAGGGCAAGCUUGUGGCGCCAGACUCGAAUGCGGCAGCUGGCCCGGUGCAGUUGAAGCUUGGGGAGGGGGCUGGGGUGAAGAGGACUAGGGAAGGCGAAUGA